ACAUUUAAAGUUUGUUAUUACUACUUUUAUUUCAAUUAUCGCAAUGAAUAAAUCACUGAUCUUUUUAUUAUCAUUUGCAUAUUCAUGUUACUCGACAAAAACUGAAAACAAUUUUGACAUAAACGACGUGGAGAAUAAAGCGUGCCAAUAUGGAUGUGGGUUUGAAAAUGUCAGAAGAACUUCGUUUAGAAAGACAUACGACAUACUGUACACCUGCUCUGAAUGUUCCACACUUUUCGAUUUGUGCAUCAAGUACCGUACUUGUCAAGAUGGUUGUGUUCCAGAAAUGCCAGUUCUUCCCUAUGAUCAAGCAAAGGAUGUGUCGGCGAGAAUUCGUCCCCCAAUGAAUCCCUGCUUGGAUUUGGUCACUGCGUGCAAUUACGAGUCAAUGGAUAGCUAUGAAAUUCUUCGAUCUGAAAAUCCAUUCCUUUACAUUUGAAUAAAUUUUAUUCCUA